AUGGGUAUCAAUAAUCCAGUCCCUAGAAGUUUGAAAAGUGAAACAAAAAAAGCUGCUAAAAUCUUAGCAAGUUUUGUUAAACCCAACCAAGUGUUUGGUGCUGACCAAGUCAUUCCUCCAGAUGUUUUAAAGAGAGCUAAGGGUCUAGCCAUCAUUACCGUUCUUAAAGCAGGUUUCUUAUUUUCCGGGAGAGCAGGGUCUGGUGUCAUCGUUGCCAGAUUAAAAGAUGGCACAUGGUCUGCUCCUUCUGCCAUUGCUAUGGCAGGUGCAGGUGCAGGUGGCCUGGUGGGUAUAGAAUUGACAGAUUUUGUCUUCAUAUUAAACUCUGAUGAUGCUGUUAAAUCAUUUUCAGAGUUUGGUACCAUCACUUUAGGCGGUAAUGUAUCCGUUUCAGCAGGUCCUCUCGGUAGAAAUGCAGAAGCUGCUGCAUCUGCAUCUGCUGGUGGUGUUUCUGCAGUUUUUGCUUAUUCAAAGAGUAAAGGUCUUUUUGCAGGUGUCUCUGUCGAAGGUUCCGUUAUCUUAGAAAGAAGAGAAGCCAAUAGAAAGUUUUAUGGUAAUGAUUGUACAUCAAAAAUGAUUUUAUCGGGAAGAAUAAGACCACCUCCAGCUGUGGAUCCAUUAUUCCGUGUUUUGGAAUCUAGAGCUUUCAAUUACAGAACAAGAAAUGACGAUGACGAUUAUAGCACUUACGAUGACGAUGACUCUAGAUAUUACAAUGAUAUUCCGGAUUCAUUCGAUUCCUCAGAUGCUUCCUCUAGGAGGGCCAAUACAAGAUCCUCAAGAAGGAAUAGAAGUAGUUACCGUGAUAGUUACGACGAUGGAUUUGAUGAUGAUUUUGAUGAUGAUGAUUUUGAUAGAAACCGCAGUUCACUUGGGAGAAACGGUACUAGAUCUAUGAACCGGUCAUCUAGAUAUAAUGACGACUCAAAUGACAGUGAUGGUGAAGACGAUCUGAAUAAUGCUAGUAGUUACUAUGCAGCCCACAGAAAAUCCAAUGGUCCUAAGGUAAGUAGCUCUAGGUCUCGUUGGGAAGAUGAUAUUUAUGAUCGUGGUGGACAACGCAGCAGUAACAGACGCUCUCAAUAUGAUCGUGAUGUGGAUGAUUUAUCGAACAGGUUUUCAAAAUCCCGUAUAUCUUCUGAAAAGAGUGGUGCUGACCGUGCUGCAAGUUCGAGGGUAGAUGCACCAUCAUCAUCAUCGAAUGCCCCUAAAGCUGUGGCUUUAUACAGUUUUGCUGGUGAAGAAUCUGGUGAUUUGCCAUUUAGAAAAGGUGACGUAAUUACUAUAUUGAAAAAGUCCGAAUCACAAAAUGAUUGGUGGACCGGCAGAGUUAAUGGUAGAGAAGGUAUAUUCCCUGCUAACUACGUGGAGUUGGUAUGA